CUGAAAUAUUGUGCUUGAAACUUGAAUUAUCUCAUCAAUAAUUUUCAAUGAUUAUACUUUAUUCCGUUAAAAUGAAAAUUAAUUUUUUUACAAUCUGGAUUAUAAGUGUCAUUAAUUUCAUCAUGAAGACUGCUAAUUGUGGGGAUAUACUGCGAAUGUUAAGCGAAGAGAAAAUAUUCCAAUCAAAUCAAUCGACGAUUACAGAAUUUUCCAAUACCACAGCGUCAUCGAUAACUGUAAAAUCAUUAUCAUCCCUAUAUUGGAUGUUAAGAGCAGGAAUUAUCAACAAUGAUCUUAUCAAUAUACAGGCAAUUAUAGUUAAAGAUGAAGACGCUGAUAUGGUGUGCAAUAAAGGAGAAAGAAAAUCAGAGCGUAGGCACCUGAUGUGUGCGGGAUCGAUCCUAAAUGAAAAUCAUGUUUUAACAUCAGCUUCUUGUUUACACGAGGCACUUCAUAUUAGGGAGAAUAUUCGUGGAGCUUUAGCGGUAGCUAUUGUUCCAUGGAAAUCUACCGUUCAAAUAAUUAAAGUUGCUGAAUACAGAAUUCAUCCGAAACACAAUACCAAUCCAUAUUCGUCAAGCUAUGUAAAACAUAAUGUUGCCAUUUUAAGUUUAGCAUGUGAUAUCGAACCAGAGAAUUAUCAUAGGAUUGAAUUGCCAAAUCGUCCAAUGAUCAACUUUUGCAAUAAUAGAAAUUGUAUUGUUGCUAUUUAUAAAAUAGUCGGAUAUAGUUCACACGUAGUAUCACAAAAUAUUGCGCCUAAUUUAGGAGGACUUGGGAGGAUUAAUUAUAAAUAUAGGGCGAAGAGAUUCAGCGAUGGGUCUCACUCUUGUGCUCAGACGGGAACAGCCGUCAUGCGUACCAAUACACAGGUAGCAAUUGUUGCAGUUUCUUGUGAUGAUCGAAAGCCUAAUACUGAAUGGUUAUACACAGACCUUUACACCAAUAAACACUGGAUCAACAAUAUCCUGGAAAACUGGAAUAGUGCUAAUUCUGAUGAUGAUUUGGAAAUAAAUUCGACCAAUUUAAUAACAACGUCUAAUUCAUCGUUUGCAUCAAUGGCCAAAAGUUGUGAAAAUUGUAUUUUCAAUUUUUAUAUUUCAAUUGGCUGUAAAGGAAAGGAAAAUUGUGAGAGGCCAAGUGUGAGCAGCAUAAAUGCUCGUACAAAAAAUCUACAAGAGCAACACAAAUUAACUCCAGGAAAAUCAAAAAAUCAAAAGUCAUGUUCCACUAAUUCUUCAAAUUGUUCUUCUUCUGAUAUUGUAGAAAAUACAAACAAUAAAACAACGAAGGGAAAUUUUCAAUUUAUCCAGUUGAGAAAAAAUAGGAAAUUUCUUGAUUUGGAAAGUCAUAAAAAAGAGAUGAACUUAAUGGAGAAGAAUGUCCACAGAAGAAUACCUAAUUGGCAGAGGCAAGAAAAUGAUAUCAAUGGUGAAAUCAAUAAUUAUCGUAGGCAAUUUAGAAAACGCAUCAAACGUGGAAUGAAUUUUGGUUUCAUAACUCGAGAAUUUAAUGAUAAUGAUGAUGAUGAUGAUGAUGAUGAUGACAAUAACAUUAUGAAAAUGCAGGCUUUAAUUGUUAAAGACGAAGAUGCAGGGUCUUGUUGUGCUGUUGCUAAACAAAUUAGUGAACAUCGAUAUUUCAUGUGUAGUGGGGUGAUAUUAACAUUGAAACAUGCAAUUACAACAGCAUCGUGCAUACAUUUAGCAGAUAUAUAUGAACAUCACAUUGACGCUGCUCUUGCCAUUAUGAUUGGGGCCACAACUGGAGAUCCAUAUGUUAUCAAGAUAAAUCGCUUCGAAAUGCAUCCGAAUUAUGUGGUCGAUGUUAAUGCAAAAGACCACUCAGUUCAUAAUCUCGCUAUACUAUUUCUGGCUUGCAGUAUCAAAGCCAAAGGUGCCAACAUUCCAAAAUUACCAAAAGGAAAACAUGAUGAUAUUGGACAUAUGUGUUGCAGUCAAAAGUGUAGUGUCGUCACUAUCAUUCAGAGUUAUAAUAAUACCCAUGUCGCAAAAAAACUGACAGCUAAAUAUAUUCCUUCUCCACAACACGAAGAUGAAGAUAAUGCAAUUAAAGGCUCAUCACCAUCGAGUUUACAACAAAAAAAAAUUUUUAAAAUACCGAACAUUCAUUCAUCCACGCGUGAAAAAAGGAGUAGAGAAAAAUUAACUGGAGCGCCUAUAUUAUUUCCCGAAGAAUCGUUGCCACUCGAUGAAAUGAAAAAGUAUAAAAGUAAGAAUUCUUCCAAGAGGGGGAGAAAGAUGAACCAUCAAAUUGAGAUACUAUCUCAGAAUCGAUACAACAAUACAAGUAUUAUAGGAAAAAUAUUAACGGGGCAGAUUUUCCGAAGAGCAAACGGUAGAAAGUUUACCUCAAAUAUGUCUAUGAUUGAUCAAGCCAUUACUGCUUUUGAUUGGAACAAUAUAGAGAAAACGAUGGAGGAAAAAAUAUCGAUGAAAAAUAAAUUUGUUAUAAAUCAAUUUAUUAAAGAUGUGGUCCAAGAAACCAUGAAGACAAUAAUGAAGGUUUUCAGUAAAAAUGGACAAUUGUUGUCUGAAAAUAUCAAUUUUUCAUAUGAGGCAACUGCAGACAAAAAUGCCUUUUUCACGUUUCUGCCUGAUCCGCCAGGAAAUAGAAGCAUUGACCAUUUUUCCUCGACUUUGAUGAGAAUUAUUCAAAAUUUAAUGCCACCAAAUGAUGGAAAGGAAUGGGCUGUAUCAUCAGACUUGUCACUAGAUGAAAGAGAUGUAGGGAAACCACCACUCAAAUACGUAGAAUGUCCACCCCUUGGAACUCCAGUAAUCAUCAAUGGAACUCUGAUUGCCAUGGUCGCUUACACUUGUGAUGAUAUUCAAAAUUGGGUGAAAUGGAAAUAUGUGAGUAUUUCCAAUAAUAUAAUAUGGCUACGAAAACGAUUAGAUGCCUCCCUACAUCAAUCAUUGACAAUUUGUGAUGAUGCAAGUUAUAAUGAAGAUUUACAGCAUAAUAAAUCUGGCGCAGAAGUCACUUCAGCAGAUAUAAAACCCUGAGUUGAAUAACCAUGGAACAUUCUAAAUAAUUAUAAUUCCUAUUUUCUCAAAUAUAUAUUUUGAACUGCUUUAACAAUGAA